UCGGCCACGCUCCAUCACCACAACCACGAUAGCUGUGAACAACACAACUCCUUCGUCAAUCGGGAUAGUACCACAAUCGACAUGCAAUCCGCAGCGAUCGUCCUCCUGGCCUGCGCCCUCUGGGGAGCCCACGGCUUCCCCUAUCACUACUAUGGAACCAACAUGGAUACUUUAUCGUAUGGCGCGGGCGACAGCAGCCACGGCGGCAUGGUGUUGAGCCGCUUCUACAACCCGUACUACAGCCAGCGCACAGCGACGGGUGGUGGCAUGGCCGCCUUUAUGUUCAAGCCAGAGGAGCAGGGCCAGCAACCCGCCCAGCAGACCAGCCAGUACUAUCUGCCCGACCGCCGCCGCCAGACCACCCCAGAGGCCUACGCGCCGCCGCAGCAAAACGAGGUCUACUAUCCCCAGCCCCCUGAAAAACCUUUCGCCACUGAGCCCACCGAGCUCGCCGACCCUCUCCCAACCGAGAAGGUCGAGGUCCCCACGACCGUCAAAGCCAUCCCCAUCCCGGAGCUGACCGAGCCUGAAAUUGAAGAAGUAGAGGAACCCAAGGAGACCAAGGAGCUCGCCCCGGCCUCCAAAAAAAGGGUAACCAAGAAGAAGCAGGUCAAGAGGCCAGUCGAGGACGAGGAAGAGGAGGAUGAGUACCCGGCUCGCAUGCCUAACGGAGCCUACUUCCCGAUGUUCUUCGGAUGGGGCGGCGGCCGCGCGUCUGGCGGCGCGCCCAACGGAGCCACCGCCAUCGCCAACGCAUUCAGCACGGGCCGCGGUGGAGUCGCCACCAGCCACGCCACCGCCUACGGACCCCCGAGACCCGAGCCCAAGCUCCAAUAGGCGCUGACGAUAGUUGACUCGAUCUAUAAUUAAAUCAUCUCAAGCGCGUAUCCCGCACCCCGGACCAUCAUCCGCUGCAGAAUCAUACGUGACCAGUGACAGUUUAUGUGUGAGUUUGGUUGUGAUGUACGCGAGUUGAGAAAUCGAUCAUAAGGGACGCCGCAAUACUCAUCUAGAUAUAAUUAAUAGAGAUUUUAUUAUCGUUUAAUGAUUCUUGUUUGUAUGUAUAUUGUCAUAAAAUUGAAUAUAUGAUUUAAUGU